CACAUUUUGUUUUUUUUUAUUCAAACUGUCAAAGUUGUCAUCUUUAAUAACAAUAUUUAACAGCAAGAUUUUUGUCAUCAAAAGAGGAAAUUUAUUUUGACAUGUCGAACGUUGAUAAAAAAUUAAAUAAUGUCAACCAACAUCAUCAUAAAGAAGAGAGUGUCCAAACAGGUAAUGUCGAUGCUGUGCCGCAGUCAAUGAAAGAAGUCCUGGAAUUAAUGGACUCAAUAAAUCGACGUCUUGAAGACUGCGCCAUGGAGUGGCAAUCGAAAAUUUCAAAGCAGCAAUGGAAAAUUUUGAAUGAUAAAUCAGCAGUCGAAAUAGCCUGGGAUCAAUCUUUGCUCGCCCGCACCUAUUUUACGGAUAAAAUUAUUGAUGAAACCUUCAAAAACUUGCUAGCGCAUGCCCGAUCCUUUAUAGAAAAUUUAAAUAAUUUUAUAGCUCUGUUGCGCGGUGAAAGGAUAACAGCAACGCGAGCUACCAAAGACGCGCAAAUUCAAAGCAACGUUCCGUCACCUAGAGCUGAUCAACAAUCAAAUGACCCAGUGGUAGCACCGCUAGAUCUUUCACUGCUAGAUGACAAAACUGACCAGCGUUCUGGGAGACGAAGGAGCAAAAGACUCGCAGCAGGAAAUACAUCCCGUGGAGUCCAGCAGUGCUUUGCUGAUUUGAUAAAAGCUAAGAUAGAUCUUGACACUAAAUUUCUAGGAUUCGAAGCUGUUUUGAACGGCUCCAAUAGCAUCACCAUGCCUCCAACAGAAAGUGUGUCUUGUCUGUGUCAAAUUUGUUCAAACAUUUUGGGAACAGUAAUUGAUAACGAGAAGGUACUAAAAGACGUUACGAAACCAAAGGUCAGAAAAACUAGCGCGAGAUCAAGCGGUAAAAGGCUCGUUAAAUCAUCAAGAAUUUGGAAAACAACUCAGGAUAGAAAGCAGUCAUUAUCUCUUGGUCACAUUGACGAUAAAUCAAUUUCACCGAAUAAUCACAAAGAAUAAUUUAAAAAAUAAUUUUUAAAUUUUUAUAUUAAUUUAUAUACCGAACAUCAAAUUUAAGUAGGUGCUGAUAUAUAUCCGUAUAAUAAACAAACAUUUAUUUUUUUUUUUAAAUAUUUUAUAAAUAUCUUUUUUGUUAAAUUAAUAAUAUCGUAGCACAAGUAAUAUUGAUUUACAAUAAAAUAUGAAAUAUAUCUAUUGCGAUAUGUACAUAUAUAUUAUUUGUUUAUUAUUAAUAUUAAAAGUAUUUUUUAUUUUUUUAAUUGUACAGCAACUCUGAUAUAUCAGAUAUACAAACAAAGAUAAUUCUUUAUUUUUAUUUAAAUAUUAUCAUUAGAAUUUAUAAUAACAAUAAUAAUAAUAAUGAUGAUGAUAAUGAUAAUAUUUAAAUAAGGAAGAAGUUAUUUAAUAUAAUAACCGAUUGCUUUUGUAUUCUAUAUUAUGAUUAUUAGACUAGAAAUAAUGUCAUGUCAUAUUAUCAGGUAAUAUUUAAAUAUAAGCUAUGAUAAGCAAAUGAGCUACUAAAAACUUAAUAUUUAUCCUGUCGUUUCAAGUUCGUUUAAUUAACGCGUUCUUUAAGUACCUUUUUAAUUAGGGCUAUCCGAAUAUCACAAUAUUUGCUGUAUUACGCAGUAGUUUUUCCUCUGCGUGCUGUUAAGACUCGGCCGUACUAACUGAGUUUUUUAAUUUUUACUACAGUAAUUUUAUAUGGAUUUCAAAAAAAGAUUUUCUUCGAUCAUUCGAGUGAUAAUUAUUCAAUACGUAAUUAAAACAUUCGAUUGGUACUGCCCAGUCUUAAGGCCAUUUUUAGACAGUGCCCCCACUUUUUAAAAAUUUUUAAUGACAGCUGUCAUAAGCGUAUUAAAAUUUUAUCAAUUAAUUAAGGACAUUCUCAGACACUCCCUCCACUUUUUAAAAAUAUUCUAUGGCCUCAAGCUGUAGAACAAUAUGAAAAUUUAAAAAAUUAAUUUAAAAAAAAUUAAAGCUUAAAUUGAAAAAAUUACAACGCAGUUACGAUUUUGUUGAGAUAGAUUUAAACAAAAAUUACAGUUAUUAUGAAUUAGGAUAUUAUAGUCUACUAAAUUUGAAAACUCAAAUUAUAGAAUUGACAUGAAAAUUUUACUGAAAUUUAUUUUUCAAAUUUCGUCUCACUCCCAACUGUAAGUAAUCUUUUUAAAAAAUCUCUCAGAGAAUUUGCAACUGCGUUGUCUUUUUUUCAAUUACUGCUUUAAUUUUUUUCUAAUUAAUUGCCAAAAUUUUAAUAGUUGAGUCAUUGCAUAUUUUAAAAAGUGAGAAACACUCUGAGCAUGCCCUUAAUUAUAGCAAACAAAUUAAUAUAUGCGCAUAUUCCAAAUUUAAUAAUAUAACAUAUAUUUUUUUUAGUUAUUAAUAAUUUAUGUAUAUAUAUAAAAAUUUAAUACACAAUAAUUAUUACUAAUUCAAUAACACAAAUGAAAUUUUAAAUUUAACAUGAAAUAAUCCUCUGAGCAAGUACAUACAUACAUAUAUAUAUAAAUAGUUUUUUAAAUUUGGCCGACUAAUUUAUAAAUUUUAAAUAUCGUAAAAAAAAAAAAAAUACUCAAAAAUAUAACAGUAUGUAGAGUAAAUAAGAGUAUUAGUACUUUGUUUCAACUGGUACGUAAAUUAUUGAUGAAGGUACUCUUGCGCUGCUCUUAUCUAUCGUAAAAUAAUUACUCUGUAUAUUUAUUAUUAAUAGGCAUAAAAAAAAGCAAACAG